AUGCGUCACACUAUGCUAUUGCUGGUGCUGCUGCUCUGCUGCGUCUCUGGUUUUGUUGCCGUCGCAGAGCAUCACUGCAUCUCCGAAGAAAUUGAAAAAAAGGUUGGCCCCCGGACGACAGCAGUGGUGCUAGAGCUGCCAACUCGGGGAGGUGGCAUGAUGCGGGCGCUGACUGCCUCGGCUCCCGAAUGGGCGCCCAUCCGCUUUCAAGUCUUCACGGAGGAUCUGAAGGAUCCCUCAAAAUACUGCACCGCUGAGGGGCAGAUUCGUCCGGACUUUACUGGGGGAACUGUUGAGUGUAAUAAAAGGGAUAUUUUGACGAAGGAAAAAAAGUCCAUCAUAUUGAAAUCCCUUGUUCCCCGAGCACUUAAAAUUCACACGGAUCGUCUCCUUGUUGAACCUCUCACGGGCUACCUUAUUGUACCAGAGUUCUUGUCAGGUACAUGCGCCGAGUUUACAAUACCCAGCUCCCACCACACAGUGGGUGUUUUUGGUGCGGACAUGCUAUUGUAUGUCUCCGCUGGCUCGACAAAAGGUUCCUCUCUUGCGUGGGCUACUUCAUGCUCUCGCUUAGCCGACGGGCGUCCCGUUGCCGGAGUGGUGAAUUAUGACCCGAGCUUUGUCACUGAUUCGGAGUACAGUGUUCGUGUUUCAGCGCAUGAGAUUGCACAUGCUCUUGGGUUUAUUGUGAGGAUAAUGAAGGAACGCAAUAUGUUGAAAGAGGUUGAGGGUGUACGUGGCAAAGCAAAGGUGCUUCAGGUAUCGUCACCCAAGACGGUGGAGAAGACUCGUGAGCACUUCAACUGCAUGAGUGCUACCGGCAUGGAGCUGGAGGACGAGGGUGGGAACGGAACAGCAUCGUCGCAUUGGAAGAGACGCAACGCAAAGGACGAGCUGAUGGCUGGUGUUUCCGGAAUCGGCUACUACACGGCGUUGACAAUGGCUGCUUUUGAGGACACCGAUUUUUAUAGGGCAAAUUGGGGAAAGGAGGAACCGAUGUCAUGGGGCAACAACUCCGGCUGCGCGCUGCUGACGGAGAAAUGCGUGAUAAAUGGCGUCACCAAGUAUCCAGAGAUGUUUUGCACCGCUGAAAGCCGCCUUUUUUCAUGCACGUCUGAUCGCCUGGGGCUGGGGCACUGUACAAUCCAUCUCUACGACGCUCCCCUUCCCCCACAAUUUCAGUACUUUUCGAAUCCCAAACUUGGCGGUUUGCCCAACACCUUAAUGGACUUCUGCCCUUACAUUGAAUUGCAUGAAAUCACUAAGUGCAGUAAUGGGAAUAAGGCCCUCAUGCGUGGGAGCCGCGUUGGCCCGACGUCAAAGUGCUUGAAAGGGGAUGGACUUGCUGAUUCAGAGGGUUUUAUUGGUGACGUGUGCGCUGAGGUGUCGUGUGACAAGGGCGAGGUGAACGUGCGGUACCUUGGACACGGUAAGUGGCACAAAUGCCCGGAGGGCAGCAGUAUUACACCAACUGGGCUGUUCAUGCAAGGGAGGAUUUUGUGUCCAAAGUACGACGAUGUAUGUAUUGUCAUCGAUGCAUGCAGGGGAGGCGGAGGCGUGAGCAGUUUGCUGUCAGCUUUUCCAUCGAUUCCAUUGAUUUUACUGGUCCUUAUUUUUAUGUCAAUGUGUUAA